CAAGCAGACAUCAUGCCAUCCAGCAGAGAGCCGUUUGAUCAGCCCGAGGAGGUUGCUCUGCUUUUGGGGCGUCUAUUUCGAUUGUAUAUCUCCUACGCGCCAUACUCAUUCUUGUUUGAGUGGCUGGAGAAGACACCGGACCUCGAGGUGCACUGUCGGGAUGCCACUGGAGAAAAAGUUCUGUUCACAUCAUCUCCAGAACUCCUAAAAGCUAUUCACGAGUGCGAGAGGGUCACUGCACCAGAGAAAUUUCCGGGCCUUCCGAGUGACUGGGGGUUCUCCAGCUUCAUCAAGACCGCCGUCCACCAAGUGCUCGACAAAGUGUACAUAAAGAUUCGAGCGCUUUAUGGCCCGUUAUUUCGCCAGCUGUACUCUGAAAUGAUCACUGGCAUCAAGGGGGUCCAGGUCCUCUGCCCUCAUCAGAACCACUGGACUUUUAUUGUUCGGGAUCACUCAUGUGCACAUGACAUGGGACAGAAAGGGAUCGCUAUAUCCUAAAGGGUGAAUUACUGGCAACCAUCUCAAUCUUCUAUCACCAGAUGAACAAAAUGGUUUGGCUACCUGACAAAGACCGAUAUACAGCCAAGCCGAGAUACCAGGGUGGUUUAUUAACUGCUACCAUAGUGACAUUUACCCACGGCAAAGUACGCAUCGUCCAAGCCAGUAUCAAACCGUCGGAAAAACACCCAACACUCAACCUGAUCCUGAGGGCCAUAUACACCCUCAACAACGCAAACUACGACAAAAAAGUAGCCUUUGAUGUUCUGAAAUGGAUUCUUGAUCCCCCGCAGGCAGAGCCUGAGACAGAGUUUAAGUCCACAGAGACGGCCAAAAAACUCCCUGAGAGUGAAGAAAUAAGAAUGGGCAUCCGAGCGUGGGACUGUUUAUUUGGCUAUGAUUCCCUAAUAUCUGCCAGGUCUAAUGGGAGUCUUUACCACGGCUCUCUUGUAUGUCAGUAUCUCCCAGAGCGUAUCAAGCAUGUUAGUCAUAAUU